UGCACAGGGCCCCGCCCCCGGCUCGGCCCCGCCCCGGUCAGCCGAAGGAGGUGUGCCCGGACUAGGCCCCGCCCCGAGCGUCACGGCCGAGGCCGAUGGGCGGAGCCGCGGGCGGCGGAAGAGCGCUGCUGCGGGAGAGCUCGGAGCGGAGAGGCGGGGACCCGCAGAAUGGGCAGCAGCUCGCUGUCCGAGGACUACCGCCUGUGCCUGGAGCGUGAGCUGCGGCACGGCCGCGCGGGCGUGUGCGGGGACCCAUCCCUGCGCGCGGUGCUGUGGCAGAUCCUGGUGGAAGACUUCGACCUGCACGGGGCGCUGCAGGACGACGCCCUGGCGCUGCUCACCGACGGCCUGUGGGGCCGCGCUGACCUGGCCCCCGCGCUGCGCGGCCUGGCCCGCGCCUUCGAGCUGCUGGAGUUGGCCGCCGUGCACCUGUACCUGCUACCCUGGAGGAAGGAGUUCGCCACUAUCAAGACCUUCUCUGGGGGCUACGUGCACGUGCUGAAAGGUGCUCUCUCAGAGGACCUCCUCAUCCAGAGCUUCCAGAAGAUGGGCUACGUGCCCAGGGACAACCACCGCCUGAUGAUGGCUGCCCUGCCACCCGCCUGCCAGCUGGUGCAGGUAGCCCUGGGCUGCUUCGCCCUCCGGCUGGAGUGUGAGAUCCUGGGCGAAGUGCUGGCGCAGCUGGGAACCAGCGUGCUGCCCGCCGAGGAGCUGCUGCAGGCGCGGCGGGCCAGCGCAGACGUGGCCUCCUGCGUGGCCUGGCUGCAGCAGCGGCUGGCCCGGGAGGAGGAGCCACCACCUCUGCCCCCCCGGAGCUCCCCAAGUGUGUACCAGACGCAGCUGGACCUAUACCGGGACCUGCAGGAAGACGAGGGCUCCGAGGAGGCCAGCCUAUAUGGUGGGCCCUCACCAGGCCCUGACUCCCCUCCCCCAGAGUUAGCCUGCCGGCCUCCGCUCUGGGAACAGAGCGCCAAACUGUGGGGUGCCAGAGGUGGGGCCUGGGAGUCACUAGGGGAGGCUGAGGUGCUGCCGCAGGCCAGCAGCCCAUCAUAUGGGGCCUUGAAGGAGGAGCUGGAGCCGGAACCGGAAGCCUUCUCCUUCCUCUCAAUGCGACGAGAGCUGCUAAGCAGGCCUGGGGACCUGGCUGCCCCCAAAUCCCCAGGGAGGUCAGGGCGGGCCAGCCCCCAGCUUGGCUAUGGGCCCAGGCCCCAGUCCCCUGGCUACCAAGUGCACAGCUGCCUGGCUCCUGGUGCCCUGCCCACCCUCUGCUGUGACACGUGCCGCCAGCUGCACGCCCCGCACUGUGCCACCCUGCCCGCCUGCCGUCCAGGUCAUGCACUCCGUGUGCUGCUUGGUGACACCCAGCAGCGCCUCUGGCUGCAGCGCGCACAGGUGGACGCCCUCCUCUACGACGGACCUGGGGCCCGACCUUAGGCCCAGCCAGGCCCUGGGUCAAGUGCUUUCCAGAGACAGUUUCUGUGGUGCUUCUCUGGGCCUCAUCACUCCUCAGGCCUAAGCCCCUGGCCACCUUGCCCCCUGGGGACUCCCGGGCACAGCGGGGUGGGGAAUGCAGGCUUCACAGAGCAGGAGAUGGGCUCCCGCCCUCCAAGGAGAGCCCAUGCCUGGGGCUGCCGGGUCCCCACCCCCUGUACCCCGGGUCCAAGCCAAGGUCCGAACGUGCUAGUGGGGGAGCCUAGCUUGCGUCUGCCUUGCCACCACACCUACACCCAUGAAGGGCCCUCUCCCUUCUCUUCCACCCCUUCCCCCAACCCACUGUAAGGGCCCAGCACCCACCCUGUAGCUCUCAACCUAUCCCUGUAAUUACUGUUCAGGACAUGUUGCCUCCUUCUUGAGUGUCGAAGGGAGAUUCUCCUCAUAGGGGUGUCCUUAGAGGCCUGCAGGUGACACUGCAGGCCACGGAGCACCACUGUGACCAGUCUGGGCUCUCUGCCAGCUACAUGGCUGACCUAGCCUGUUACCGAUGCAAUGAGCUGAGGUUGGCUUGAGAUGGCCCAUGGGCCCUGGUUCUCACUGCCUGGCCCUGGGUCAAGCCCAUGAGCAGAAAACAGACGAUCUGGCCUUAUGGCAGAGGAUGCAGGCUCCCAAGAAGUCCGGAGAGUAGGCAGGUAGGCAGCUGGUGGAGCCUGGACGGGCUGGCUGUGUCACUCGUCACUCCCUUCCAGGUGGAAUGUGGGGCUUCUGAGCAAUCAGCACCCCACCAGCCACCCUGCUGGGGCCUUCUGCCACACAGGCCUCCCACCUGAGGACCCCCCCCUCCGCCCCCCGCCGCCAGUCCAGUGGUAAAGAUGUGGGCUGGGCUUAUGAAUCGCCACCUGCUGAGACAAACUCUCAAGAUGCAGGUGGAACCCCUCUUCCUGGGGGUAAGGUCUCAGGAACUGCUAACCCACAGGACUAGAAGGGACAGGUGCUCAUCCCCCAUGCUGGCCCUUCCUCACUGGGCACCUCCCUUCCCAGUACUCGGAAACCCACCUUCAUGUCAUGAGUCAGAACCCAAAAGUUCAUUAAAAGAUGUUGAACCUGCUCA